AUAAUACGGAGAAAACUAUAUCGUUCAAAUACCUACUAACUCUGUGAUUUAAAGCCGAAUUUUGAAGCAUUACUUUAUUUGUCGUCAUCGCAGGUAUUAAACGGAUAUUUGUAAGAAGCAGGUCUUAUUUGAUAAUAUGGCAUCUCCGUCACCUAAAUCACCAGAACAAAAUGAGAAAAGUAAGCAAUACGACCGGCAACUUAGGCUAUGGGGUGAUCACGGUCAAGCGGCUCUUGAAAACGGGCAUAUCUGUUUAAUUAAUGCAAAUGCACUUGGAACUGAGAUAAUAAAAUCAAUCGUUUUACCUGGUGUUGGAUCUGUAACGAUUAUUGACGAGAAUAUAGUGAGUGAUGAAGAUAUAGGCAGCAAUUUCUUUUUAGAAUGUUCAAGUAAAGGUUUGAAUAGAGGCUCAGAAGCUCUACGUUUAUUGUUAGAAUUAAAUCCUGCUGUCCAAGGGCAUGCAGUUCAAGAGCCUCCAGAUCAAAUACUGAAAGAAAACCCAGAAUUUUUCAAAUCAUUCAGUGUGGUUAUAGCAUCAUCACUUAGUGAAAGAACUAUUCAGGAUUUAUCACAACAUUUGUGGGAUAUAAACAUACCUUUUAUUUUAUGUCGAUCUGUAGGAUUUCUUAGUUUAUUUCGAAUUCAACUGAAGGAACAUGCAGUCAUUGAAACUCAUCCAGAGAAUGAACAAGUAGACUUGCGUUUAGAUGUUCCAUUUCAAACACUAGCUGAUUAUUUGAAUGGGUUUGAUAUUGACGCUGUGGAGCUAAAAGAUCACGGACACAUUCCUUGGAUUAUCAUAUUGUAUAAAGCUGUACAGAAGUGGCAGAUUACCAACCCAAAUAGCUGGCCUAUGAGCAGAAAAGAAAAGAAUGAAAUAAGAUCUAUUGUACAAGAAUUUAUAAGAAAAGAUGAGAAUGGUGUACCGAUUAAUGAAGAGAAUUUUGAAGAAGCACUGAGAGCUGUUAAUACAGCUCUGUUACCUACCUUUUUACCAGUGAAAAUUCAGGAACUUAUUUAUAGCAGUUCAGCAACAAAUUUAAAUAAAGAUAGUUCUCCAUUUUGGAUAAUGUGUUCUGCAUUAAGAGGAUUCAUUGAAGCUGAAGGAAAGGGCAAAUUGCCUGUUCGGGGAGUGUUGCCAGAUAUGACAGCAUCUACAGAACAUUAUAUAAAAUUACAAAAUAUAUAUAGGGCCCAGGCAGUAAUUGAUGCUGAAAUUAUUUAUAGAAAAGUUCAGCAAAUUGUUGCACAGCUUCAUUGUGAGAGUAUAAGUGAAGCAGAUGUGAAACUUUUCUGUAGGCAUACUCAUGAUUUGUAUUUAAUUAAGGGCACUUGUAUUGCAACUGAGUAUCAAUUAGGUGGAUCAGUAGCAUCUUAUAUUGCUAGGUAUUUGGAGGAACCAGAUGUAAUGAUGGUACACUAUAUACUGUUAAGAGCUGCGGAGAUGUUCCGUUCAGAACACAAUAGAGCGCCUGGUGAUUGGGAGCCUGAAGCUGAUAUUGCUAAGCUAAAAACAUGUGUUACUAAACUACUAAGUGAUAUAUCUUGUUCUCCUUUUCCAAAGGAUGAUCAUAUACAUGAAAUGUGCAGAUAUGGUGGAGCUGAAAUACACAGUGUGUCAGCCUUUUUAGGUGGUUGUGUUGCCCAAGAAGCUAUAAAAAUUGUUACUAAACAGUAUAAGCCAGUAAAUAACAUGUUUAUCUAUGAUGGUGCUUCAACAAACACUGCAACAUUUACUUUUUAAACAUAAAAAAUAAAGAUCUUGAAUGAAAUUAUUUUUAUUGACAGUAG